AGGGGUAAAAUAACAGCACAUGCCCCCAGUUUUAGUCCAUUUGGGGAGGAAAACCCAAGCGGGGUGUUGCAGGGAGUGGGAAGCCAUUUCCCAGCAGCUUCCCAGCUUUUCUACGGUUUGAGCAAAGCAACUGCAACCUUAAAAUAGCUGCUUCGCAGGCAGGCAGCACCGUCCCCGCUCCUCUCGCUGCCAUGGCCUCGGCAGCCUCGUAGGUUUUUGCAGCCAAAAUAAUAAAAAAAUGCAUGAGUUUGUGUGGUUUUCGGCUUUUCUGCUGCAGCUUGGGGUGUGUGGUUUGCUCCCGGCGCGAGGAUAGUUUCGGGGAGGUGGCAAUUAAUGAAUUAGCGCAAAUGCGGAAGGUUUCUAUCCACACCAGCCUCUGUCUCUCAUUAUUUCUGUCCUCACCCUCAUCGGCAGAGCUGCUUGUUGCCUUGACUGACUGCCCUUGCACGUAGCUGUCAUCAUUAGGUUCCAGGGUGAACGAACACCCACACAGUGCAAAGAAGCUGAUCAGGAGCUGUUGUUCCCCGCCUCCCCCGCUGCCCCCCGCCAGGAAUGAUUUAAUGACAUUUUCCUGUGGAGCCGCGCAACCAGUUUUCAACCGGGGAGGAAAAAACCACCGAGGCGGUGGCGGAAAAACGCUCUGCCGGGACAGAAAAAGGAGGAGCCGCUUCCCAGUGGGCGCCGCGCUGCUCACCGCCGGCGGGGAGAUCUUCUCCGGGUGCAACGUGGAGAAUGCCUGCUACAGCCUGGGGGUGUGCGCCGAGCGCACCGCCAUCCAGAAGGCCAUCUCGGAGGGACACACCAGCUUCAGGGCCAUGGCCAUCACCAGGUCUUCUGCAGAUGUUCCCCCCGCUCCUCUGACCGUAAGACCGAACUCUGUGCCCUUCUCCUCUGGCAGUGACAUGGGGGACCACUUCAUCACGCCUUGCGGUGCCUGCAGACAAGUGAUGAGAGAGUUCGGCACAGACUGGGACAUCUACCUGACCAAAGCGGACGGCACCUAUAUCGUCAAGAGGCUGGAGGAGCUGCUGCCGCUCUCCUUCGGACCCGAGGACCUGAAGAAGGUGUGAGCAGCGUGGCCACCGCCGGCCUUUGCCCUUUCGCAGCAGGGGAGAGAACGGUUUUCCCCAAUUUUCCCAGCGUGUAAGCGGCUUUUUGGGGACGAUGCAAUGGGAAAUGUGUUUAUAGUGUUAAGUUACCCACUCCUCUCGCUCAUAUUCUGAUUCAGCGCUGAUUUGCAGAUGCUGGCCCCACCUUACCCCAGGGAAAUGGAGAAAUUAAAUCACAGAAAUUCCUUCUUACUAGAAAAAAAAGUGUCCAGAUAUCACUGUAGGCGAGAGGGGACUUCACAGAUGGAGAAGGGUUUGAUGCACGGCUCAAGCUUGGGCUUGUUGGUACAGAAACCACUCCGGAAUAAUGCAAAAUUAUUGCUUGGGAAAAUGCUGAAUUCUUCAGUUCUAAAUUUGAAGCAAAAAGGAAAGGCUCCAUCAACCCCAGCAGCUAUUUAUAAGCCAAUUCAGAUUAGGCGAUUUACCGGAACUGGACAGUUAUCACGCUGAGCGUGUCCUUUGCUCAUUUCUCUCUGGCUUGUUUUCUUUGCUUUUAUUCCGUUUGUGGGGAUGAAGAGGGAGAGGAGUUUUUGAGGGUUUCUGGAGAGUUUUCCGUCUCCAGAGUAGUGCCGUUUGCUGAUUGUAAUAUUAAUUUAACGAUGCACAAUGAAAAACAAAUGCGCUCCAUUUCCCAACCGGCGCUGGGUCGGGCAUUACUGCCUAUGCCCAAGCAAAAUAAAAGCACUCCCGAUUUA